AUGCGUUGGUUUAGGGUGGACAACUUUUUCCAAUCGAUUCGUCCGGUUUAUCUGGCGGCCAAGCUAUUUUUGCUGCACUUUGAAACGCUCGAUUUCGACAAGCGAACCCGCCGUCGGACGCUUUUGGAUCAGAUUCGGUUCGUGCUAAGUUUGGUGUUGGAUUUAUUCCUAACAUUGGUGGCUUUGCAAAACAUUACUAUCAUGAUGACAAUGUCGGACUCGAUACUCCUGAACAUGGGUUACUACGGAUCGUUUCUGCUGUCCUGCCUGGUCUCGGCGGCCAUUCCAUCGUGGAACAGUUGGCAGGCAGAUUCGCUGUUUGAAUUAUAUGACAACAUUGCUACCGUCGAUGAAAAACUAAAACAGAUAGGAAUCUUCAUCGAUCAUCAGAAGCAUCAUUUGGUGUCUACCCUCGUCACCAUUUUCGCAAUCUUGAUUCCUGUCUUCAUGUUCACUAUCACUACAUAUAUGUACUUUUUCGAAACUUCCUUUGCCGUGGCCAGGCUGUUUCCUGAUUUCAUAAUGAUCGUUCCCUCUCUUCGAGCGAUCUUGAUUUCAGAAAUCCACUCGUGCUAUCUGAUGCUGACACUGCUAUCGCUGCGGAAUCGCUUUGCCGUUUUGAACGAAACCAUCAAACAACACUUCCAGACUGUUGAUAACACGGAGUAUUACGAUCGAAUCAUAAGAAAUUUCGCUGAUCUACAUGAUCUCCUGUCCGACACGGUCGAAAUUUACAACAGCUGCUUUUCAGUUCAGGCUAUGAUUUUGCUGACUGCCAACUUCGGUUUUACCUUGUUUGCGCUGUUCGGCGUGGUUCAUGCGACCGCAUCCCGGGCUGAUGAAAUCACACUGCAGGUUGCCUGGUCUAACACGAUCUUCGCAGUGAUUCCCAUGUCCUUCCUUCUGCAAAUGGUACUCUACUCUGGAUUAGUUCACUGCGAGUGCAAACAAACGGCAGUUUUGAUUCACAAAGUAAUAAGCAACGGUGAGCACAGUCGAAAGAUUUUUAGAGAGCUUCGUGGCUUCUCUCAGCAACUGCAGCAUCACGCACCGAAAGUAUCUUGCAAAGUGUUUAAUUUCGAUUGGACGUUAUUCUACACGCUGGCCAGUUCAUUAACAACUUAUUUAGUGAUUUUGGUACAGUUUGAUCUGAUAAACCUCAACAUUACAAAACAUAAUUAA